AUGAAUUCGAUUGCAGAAAACUCAAGUAAUGAAAUGGUAAAUGUUGCUGAGUACUUGUGUAUCCGGUUAAAAGAGUUAGGAUGCGAUCAUAUUUUUGGAGUACCUGGAGACUAUGCACUCUCGUUUUUAAAUGUUGUAAUGGAUAGUGAAAUAAAGUACAUUGGAACAUGCAAUGAACUUAACGCAGGUUAUGCUGCCGAUUCAUAUGCAAGAGUCAAAGGUAUUGGGGCAUUGUCUACAACAUUCGUAGUUGGUGAGCUAAGUGCAAUUAAUGCCACCGCAGGAUCAUUUGCAGAAGAUGUUCCAGUAGUUCAUAUUUGUUCUGCACCAAUAACGAAGCACCACAAAAAUGGCACCUUAUUGCACCACACGUUAUUUGAUUAUUCUAAGACAUUAAAAAUGUUUGAGCAGGUGACUGCAUUAGCAGUGAAAGUUGCAGAUAAAGAAACAGCUGCCGAAACUAUUGAUAAUGCUUUACUUAAAUGCAUUACAUUAAGUAAGCCAGUAUAUAUAUGCUUAUGUGCAGAUUUAGUUAAUGAAUAUAUUAAAAGACCAGAGAAUCCAUUAAAGAAACCGAGGUCUAGAAGUAACGUUUCUGAAUUAGACCUUUUUAUGAAGAAAGCUGUUCAAUUGAUAAAAAACGCAAAACAGCCUGUUUUCAUAUUAGGAUACGAAUUAUUAAGAGCUCAUUCUACAGAAUCAAUGAAUGAAUUAUUAAAAAUAUCUAAAAUUCCAUUUUCAACAAUGAUAAUGGGGAAAACAGCCAUUGACGAGCAACAUCCUCAAUAUAUGGGCAUAUAUUUAGGUAAGAAGGGCAAUUCACAUAUAACACAAUAUUUAGAAGAAAGUGAUUGUUUAAUAAUGCUUGGAGAAAAAAUGAUGGACUUUAAUACGGGUUUCUUUUCUGAAAAAUUACCUAAACAUUGUAUGGUGUACAACCAUUUGGGAAAAUCUAAAGUUGGAGAAAACGAAUUUAAAGAUGUUUAUGUUGAAGAUAUCGUUCAGAGAAUGAUAGAUUUGUACAAAACAGGAGAGCUUAAACAAUAUAAUUUCCCAGGUUCGACACCACCUUAUCCUCAGGCAAUGCACUUAUUCACUCAUAGGAAAAACAAGGGUUUAGGCCUGGAACCGGCAAGAAAUCUCACAAUUAACAGAAUGUUUGAUAUAGUAGCAUCUUCUUUACCUGACUCAGUAAAUGUUCUUACAGAAACAGGUAUUUCUCUAUUCAGUGGACUGGAGCUGAUGCUAACGAAGGACUCUCAAUUUUUUGGGCAGAGUUUUUUUGGAUCUAUAGGAUAUUCAGUUGGAGCAACUCUUGGACUGUGCAUAGCAAGCAAGAAACGAGUGUUUUCUUUCAUUGGGGAUGGAAGUCUGCAAGUAACAGUUCAAGAUUUAUCCACAAUUUUUAGAAACUGUCUGAACCCUGUAAUUAUAAUUAUUAAUAAUGAUGGGUAUACCAUAGAACGUGUGAUUUGUGACGAUUCAUACAACAAUAUUGCAAGUUGGAAAUAUUCUAAAUUGCCAAAAGUCUUUGGCUUCCCAAAUGUUCCAUCAUUCAUUUGCAAAACUGAAGGUGAAUUUGACAAAUCUUUGAAAUUUGCUAUAGAAAAUCCAGAGAAUGCUUGUAUAAUCGAAGUCCUUUUCGAAAGAUGGGAUUGUAACAUCAUUCUUAAAGAAAUGGGGAAGGAAAUGGCAAAUAAUAGCCAAAUUAUUGAACAUAAAAAGAAAUGA